CAUCAGUAUUUUCUUAUGACGUGUCACGUUCAACUAUCGUCAGUAAACCGACUUUACAGACAACCGAUUUUUAACUGGUAGAGGGAGAAAAAUAGAUGAAUUUACUCCUAACUUAAAAUAUUCAAUUUUUUUUUUGUAAAUCGGUGGUCAGUUUGAUUAAUGUUAUAAUUUUUAUAGAGGCUACGAUAUGUUAACAUGGUAUUUUUGAAAAUUUAAUGUACUUUAGAUGAUUAAAAUUGUGCUUUUCGUUUUCAUUUAAAUUGGUCCAUGUCACAGGAAUUGAAAAAGUUUCUGGACGAUGCAAGUGAAGGCGCUAUCUACAUGAGUUUGGGUUCCAACGUAAGGAGUGCAUUCCUAGACGAAAAAGUCAUUGAAAUGUUUAAACAAACGUUCUCUGAAUUAUCUUGCAAAGUAUUAUGGAAAUGGGAAAACGACAGUUUGCCGGGUAUUUCCAAAAACGUACUUUUAAAGAAGUGGUUUCCACAACAGGAUAUCUUAGCUCAUCGUAACGUGAGGGUUUUUAUAAUGCAGGGCGGGAUUCAAUCUACCGAUGAAGCGAUAUUUAAUAAAGUCCCUUUAAUUGUGCUGCCUUUUCUGGGUGACCAGAUGUACAAUGCCAAAAGGGUUGAAAUAGUUGGAAUUGGAAAAUACAUAAAUCCCUACACACUGACGAAAGAACUACUAAAAGAGACAAUUUUGGAAGUAUUACAAAACCCUAAAUAUCGAAACAAAGCAGCCGAAAUAUCAAAACUAUCUUUGGAUCAGCCCAUGACCGGGAUCGAAAAGGCUGUGUGGUGGACGGAAUAUGUCAUACGAAACAAGGGUACAAAAUAUUUAAGAAACGAUUCGGUGGAUGCCCCCGCUUAUAAAUAUUUCAUGUUAGACAUUUUAUUGUUCCUAAUUUCGGUCGUUUACGUUAUAUAUCUGUUAAUUAAGUCGUUAAGUGGUUUUAAAAGAAUCGUAUUCUUAAGUAUUCUAAUACCGCUUACAGUGUACAUUCUAAUUUAAGUACUGGAAUUUACAGUAAGUAGGUAAUUACAAAGUUGCAAUUGUAGUAAAUUUUAUUUUUAUAUUUUUAUGUUUCUUUCUUGUGCAAGUGCUUGUGUUUCACAAAACUUAUUAUUCUUGGUUAUGAUUAGGGUUGCCACCUUUUCAGGCUUUACAUAAAGUAUUUCUCGAUUAAAUGGUUAAAAAAAAGUACCUACU